CGCUACUUCCGGCCGUGUCCAACUUGGACUUGUGGUGGAGGAUUGGGGCGGCGGCGGCGGCGGUCGCCGUGUGAGGAGCUGAUGUCCCCCGCCGGGCUCUUGCCCACGGCAGCUAUGGUCACAGCCUUCGGUGCAUGGUAUAUAGUCACAUGGCCAUAUGGAGAGGAAGGACUUUAAUGCAUGGCUUGAAACCCUCUCCAGCACAUUUAUCACCUUGACUGAUUCCCAGAAGAAUGAGACUUUGGACCACCUGAUCAGCUUGAGUGGGGCUGUCCAGUUGAGGCAUCUCUCCAAUAAUCUUGAGACCCUUCUGAAAAGAGACUUCCUCAAGCUGCUUCCACUGGAGCUCAGUUUUUAUCUGUUAAAGUGGCUUGACCCUCCAACCCUGCUCAAUUGCUGUCUGGUAUGUAAGCAGUGGAAUAAAGUGAUAAGCGUCUGCACUGAAGUUUGGCAGGAAGCAUGUCGCAGUUUGGGCUGGCAGAUCGAUGAUACUAUUGAAGACACACUACACUGGAAGAAGAUUUAUCUAAAGGCAGUUCGAAGGAUCAAGCAGUUGCAGGACAAAGAAGCCUUUGAGACAUCCUCCUUAAUUGGCCACAGUGCUAGAGUAUAUGCUCUCUAUUAUAAAGAUGGGUUGUUGUGUACAGGCUCUGACGAUCUAUCUGCCAAACUGUGGGAUGUUUGUACUGGCCAGUGUAUUUAUGGGAUCCAGACUCACACGUGUGCUGCGGUGAAGUUUGAUGAGCAGAAGCUGGUUACAGGAUCAUUUGAUAACACAAUCGCCUGUUGGGACUGGAGCUCGGGAGCAAAAACCCACAACUUCCGGGGUCACACUGGGGCAGUCUUCAGUGUUGAUUAUAGCGAUGAGCUCGAUACACUGGUCAGUGGGUCUGCUGAUUUCACUGUGAAAGUUUGGUCGUUAUCGACAGGAAUAUGCCUCAAUACACUCACUGAACACACCGAAUGGGUGACCAAGGUGGUUUUACAAGUCAGUCAGGUUGAAUCUGUAAUGCACAAUCCAGGGGACUAUAUUCUAUUAAGUGCUGAUAAAUAUGAAAUCAAGGUAUGGCCAAUUGGGAGAGAAGUCAAUUGUAAAUGUUUGAAGACACUUACCGUAUCAAAUGACCGAAGCAUAUGCCUUCAACCAAGACUGCAGUUUGAUGGAAAGCACAUUGUUUGUGCAUCUGAUUUAGGAUUAUACCAGUGGGACUUUGCAAGUUAUGAUAUUAUAAGAAUUAUUAGAACCCCUGAUUCUACAAACCUUUCCUUACUGAGCCUGGGAGAAGUCUUUGCUCUGCUCUUUGACAGCCGUUACCUGUACAUAAUGGACCUAAGGACCGAGAAACUGAUUGGUCGGUGGCCUCUGCCGGCAUACAGGAAAUCCAAGAGGGGAUCGAGCUUCCUGGCGGGGGAGACUGCAUGGCUAAACGGACUGAAUGGCAAGAAUGACACUGGCUUGGUUUUUGCCACAAGCAUGCCGGAUCAUAGUAUUCACUUGGUCCUGUGGAAGGAGAACGGAUGAAAAGGAAUCAACCAUUGGGCAUGAUCUGCUCGUGCUGCUGUUUUCAAGGACGUUUCUGAGAAUGCAGAAUCUUUGCAUGAACCAAAGAGACACAGACCAGGCAUUCUCUCAUGUACAAUACAGUUGAUUGCCUUUUAUUUUUUUUAAAAGUCAAACAAAACCAGCAUGUUUGAAAAUUAUUUUUACACCUUUAAAUCAGUUUGCUUGCAUAUUAAUGUACCAAUACAGGAAAGGAAGGAAAAAAAUGUAUAUUAAAUUAAACAUGGCACUGUUUAGAAAUUUAUGAUGAGCCAAGGAUUGAAGAUUAUGCUUUACAAGCACAUUUCAACAUAAUUAAUCUAUUGUUUGCAGUAUUCUGAGCAUUCCCCAAAUGUCUUCAUUUCUUCUGCACCUGGAAGUAUAGAACCCAUUACUUUUUAUAUAUAAAUAUUUCCAUUCAGGACUUUGCCUUAAUGCUAUUAUCAAUGGUUGCUCUUGGUGAGCUUGUUUAUAUAACAUUAGGUAGGUACUUUAAAUUUGUCCACAUUUUAUAUUUUGGUAUAGUCGGUAUUUACAAUGAUAUUUUUAUUGAUAUUUGCCCACAUUGUCGCAAUUGUUAAUUAUCUUCAAUAUAUUCUUUCUGAAGAAAUAGUUGGAAACUUG